AUGUUGUGGCCGCAGCUAUCAGCCCGCUCAAUCAGCCUGAGUUAUAACUGCAACAGAAAGCCAAUAAACCUUUAUCCUCUCAAAUGA